CAAAUUUCGAGGUCUCCACUAAUGAAACGGUACUUUUUCAGGUACUAGAAGUCAAAUUCCUUUGGCUAGCGAGGUAAACAAUCAUAUUACCUCUUUGUCGAUCAAUGAUAAACGUUACACGUGCAAAUAUCAAAGACAUGAUAUCGUGUCCUGUCAGUCUGCCUCUAUCAUAAUGGACGAGGGACUCCACCUAGUGGUCGGAGGUCUCGUAUCCCGAUAUACAGGUUUCUAAAGAUACAUAAGGCCUGGACGUAGUGCACAUGGCAGAAAAUACAACUGUGGAUUUGAACCCCACUGGGCCAGAGGCCAGGUGAUUCAACAAACACUUCUCAAUCAUUGUCAUUCAGUUUUUUUAGAGGCUUUGCUCUGCUUUAUUUAAUUUUACAGAUGCAGCUCCAGAUAUAUGCAUGCAAAACAUGCUGUGCAAACUCCAUCACCUGGACCUCAAGCCACACAGUCAUCUUCCAUGUCGAACUGUAUGUGCACGAUCCAUCCAUCCAUCUGCUACUGCACAUGAGGGCUGCGGGGGGUGCUGGUGGUGCCAAUCCCAUCUGACAUACUGUAGGGCGAAAGGCGGAGUACACCCUGGACAGCCCUGAAACUGAAAUAACUGACUACAUCCUGGUUCCUGACACUUGAUCAUUAAGCGUGCCUCAUUAAUCAUGGUCCAUUGUUCUGUCUUAACAUGUGUGGGUCACUUGUGUUUACUGAAAGUAAGCAUCCUGAUCUUUUCAUAAUACAAUACUUAAUGUUUAACAUAUUAUGGAUGAGGGUGGAUGAGACUUAAAUAUUGACUUUUGGAGUUUGGUGUUUAUUCCUGUAAGUUUCUUAGUAAGUUUCCAUACCUCACUGACAAAUUACCUACUGGAAUAUGAAAAUCAUAGGGGCUGUUAAUGUGAAAAUGAUUAACAAGAUCAUCAACCAACAAAAAAAAGGUUGGUUUGUUUUUGUUCAAGAUUAAUGUUUAAUAUGGCUUUUCCCUUGAUUUUUAUUUCCUGGUCACUGAGAGAAGGUUAAGUUUGUUUUUAGGACCUUUAGUGGCGCAAACCCUGACCUUGCCAGGACCAGCAGUCGUCAUGGAGACCAAUACCUGGUCCUAAUAAUACAGAACUUAAUCUGGGAGAAACCUGUUGGGUUUUGGGCUAAGGUUUGAAUUGUGGUUAGUUUUGGCUGUUCAAAUGAAUCGAGGUCAAUGCAAGUCCAUGAAAACAUCUCUGUGUAUGGGAUGAUGAGUUAUGCAUUGUGUGUGUGUGUGUGUGUAUUGACACUGCAUAUAUAAGCACUGUGGUGGGCUGUUAGUGCAGUUCUUCCUGGAUUCACCUGCUCUCCUGCAGCACAGGAGCAUCAGGCAGCAUGACUUCACACAGACUGACUGUCUGCUUCUUACUUGCCUCAGUUUUGGGGGCAGGUGAAUCAAUGUCAACAGUAGAAGUUCAAAAAUACACCUGCAGGAUGUUCGGCAGUGGUGUCAUUCAGCCUUUCAACAGCUCAGGUUUCUAUGUGCGAUCCAGCUGCCCUUUCACCCUCACCCGCUUCACCCACAACCGGGUUGACUGCGACAUCACGGUACGGCGAGGAGACAGCGGACUGCUGGCUCAAGUUGAGAUCAUCGUCAACAAAAUCAGGACUGUUGUGCAGAGUGGAAGCAUCCUGGUGGAAGAGAAAAGUGUUUCUCUUCCAUACGACCACACCUACCAGCAUAUUUUCCAAUAUGGCACUUACUCUCGACUAAGGAGCUUGCUGCUUCCUCUGUCGGUCACCUGGCACAGUGUUCCUGGAGGAAUCGACGUUGUGAGGGUGGAUCUGGAGCAGGCGCUGAACACUGAUAUGACUGGGCUGUGUGGAAAAAACAAUGUUCCAGGCAACAAGCAGCAGUUGAUCGCAGAGAGCGUGAUUCCCGAGGAAACGUGUCAAACACGAGAUCCUGUCUUUGCUCUUAAUCCACUAUGCAGACUGUUCUUUUCCUACACGCUGGACUGUUUGCAAGCCAGGACUCCUCAUUAUAUCAGACUCUGCGAAGAGAACAUUUACAGCUAUGAAAGCAGCAAAUACAUCGGCUGUGCUUUCUUCAAUGAGGUUGUCCAGCAGUGUGGAAAUGACAGCUACAUUUGGACCAUCUGGAGAACCGUAACCAGAUGUGAUCCACCAAGUUGUCCAGGAGACCUGGUUCAUGUAGAACAAGGCACUGCCUUUGUUCCCAGCUGCUCCAACCCAAACCCUGGCUUCUCCAACCAGGACCUAACAAGCUCCUGUGUCUGCCCAAAGGGUACGGUGCUUAAUGAUCGCACAGGUGGCUUCCACUGUGUGAACUUGUCCAACUGCCCCUGUGUGUUUGCCGGCAGGAGCUAUUUCCCUGGAGACACACGCAGCACCAAGUGUCAGUCGUGUGUGUGUGAGGGUGGUCGGUGGCGUUGCUCCAAAAACUUCUGCCCACCCAGAUGUCUCAUCGAGGGGCAGUUUGUCACAACAUUUGAUGGCAAACAAUAUGCCCUCCCUGGUAAAUGCACAUAUGUGGUGUUGCAGGGUCUCAAGUGGACAAUAACUAUUCAGUUUUCUGAAAAACACAUAUCCCUGAAAACAGCUGUCCUGCAGCUUUUUAAGGACGUGUAUACAUUUUCAAUCAACAGUGUUAAAGUAGGAGAGGAGGAAAUCACUGAACUUCAUCAGUCUGCGCAUGCCCUGGUUUUCUGGCAGUCUUCCUUGUACGUCCAAAUCCAGACGUCUUUUGGUUUAAAGAUGCAAGUCCAGAUGUUUCCUGAACUUCAGUUCUUUAUCACCCCACCCACAAACCACACCAGUAUCAUGUCAGGUCUUUGUGGCAACAGCAACAACGACACCACAGACGACUUCACCACAAGCAGCGGGAUCAUCGAGAACUCCCCACAGCCGUUUGCUUGGUCCUGGAGUGUGGGCACCUGUGCACUGAACAUACCCAAAAUCUGCAGCAGCGCAGACAAUGAAAUAUUUGCCGAUGAAAAGUGCUCUGUGUUGAACGACCCGACUGGGAUCUUUGCUAAGUGCCAUGGUCAUAUUCCAGCAGAUCAGUUCCACACUGCUUGCGUCCAAAGAACCUGCAACUGUGGGAACAACUUGCAGCAGUGUUUAUGUGUUGCUCUGGGCAGUUAUGCUAAAGCCUGCGCCAUUCUGGGUGUUGCAGUUGGUGACUGGAGGAAAGCUUCCAACUGCACUCUGAAAUGUCAAAACAACCAAGAAUUCUUCUACGACGUGCCAGCCUGCAACCAUACAUGUCGCUCCUUGUCCGGACAUGAUCCUCGCUGUCAGUUGGAUGACGCUCCUGCUGAGGGCUGUGGUUGCCCUGAAGGAACGCACCUGAACCAGGGACAAGUCUGCAGCCCCAAGGCAGAGUGUGAAUGUCACCACUUAGGUGGUACAACACCACCAGGGCCUGUUGUUGUUGAUGGACUUCAGUGCAUCUGUAAGAAUGGAGAACUGCUCUGUUCCAAGGACUGUGGUUGCAUGAAUGGGAAGGUCUGUGUUCACUGCUCUGAGUAUGCAGUGAACACAGCUCAGAAAACCUGCAACAGUCUCAGCAAACCACUGGGUGUCAGUGUGACCUGUGAGAGUGGCUGCCACUGCCCACAUGACCAGUAUGAGGAUCACCAUGGCAACUGUGUCUUUCUGGACAACUGUACAUGUGUGUACAGUGGCAAAGUGUUCAGAGCAGGACAGCAUGUCAAAACCAACUGUAAAAAAUGUAUUUGUGGUCAGGGUCAGUGGCACUGCAAAGAUGAGCCAUGUCCUGGGAAGUGUCAAGUUUAUGGAAAUGGCCAUUACCAGACCUUUGACUCUAAAUGGUAUCGCUUUAACGGACACUGCCAAUACACACUCGUCGAGGAUUACUGUGGAAAUGAAAAUGGCUCCUUCUCUGUCAGGGUGGAGAGUGUACCGUGCUGUGAUGAAGCACUGACUUGCUCUCGCUCCAUCGUCCUGGACCUGCAGGGCACAGUCACCCUGACACUGAGCGACAUGAAGGUGACCAGGCGUAUACAAAAAGGCAGGACUCUGCAAGCACAUUCACUUUACACCACACACACCGUGGGACUCUAUAUCAUAAUCUCAGUGCCAAACAGUGGGAUAACGCUCAUCUGGGAUAAACACACCAGGAUCACCAUAGAGCUGCAUUCAAACUGGAGAAACCGAGUGUGUGGCCUCUGUGGGAAUUUUGACUCCAGUGAGGUGAAUGACCUACAGAUAAGUGGCUCAGCAGUGGUGUCUAGUCCUCUGACCUUUGGCAACAGCUGGAAAGCUGCCACACCCCCUUGUUCUGAUGUGACCACUGAGAUAUUUCCAUGUGAACACAACUCCUACUGCUCAGCCUGGGCCCAGCGGCGCUGUAUGAUCAUUACAUCAGACACCUUCAAAGACUGCCACUUAAAAGUGGACCCAGAACCCUACUACCAUGCCUGUGUGCAGGAGUCCUGCUCCUGUGAGUUUGAAGGGAAGUUUCUGGGCUUUUGCACCGCGGUGGCAGCCUAUGCUGAGGCCUGCAGUGACCAGGAUGUGUGUGUCAAAUGGAGAACACCCGAUUUGUGCCCGGUCUACUGCGACUACUACAACAAGCAGGGCCAGUGUAGCUGGCACUACGAAGCCUGUGGUGAGAUGCUCACAUGCAGCAAAGUCGACUAUUUCACUCACAAACUUGAAGGCUGCUACCCUAGAUGUCCGAAAGAUGCACCAUACUUUGACGAAAACACUGGAGAGUGUACUAAAUUGAAGAACUGUACCUGUUUUUUUAAUGGCACUAUCCUUCAGCCUGGGACAGUGGUAAUGAUAGAGUCCACUACUUGCCCCUGUGAAAAUGGAACAGUUAACUGUAGUAAGUAUGAAUCACACUCACUUGGUAGGACAUUUUUUCCUUCUUUCAAAAUACCAGAGCUUACUCCCACAGCUCAUCCAACAACACCUCCACCUAUCACCACAGCAUCAACAAGUUCCAUUAUACCUGCUACAUUCACAACCGAAACAACUGUGCCUUCCACCACACCAGCAACUACAUCUGAUAUAGCUACAACUGAAACAUGGUCAACCGUGCCUUCAACCACCACUACACCACUGACAACCACUACCAAUGUCUCAACUACUACUGAAACAUGGUCAACCGUGCCUUCAACCACCACUACACCACUGACAACCACUACCAAUGUCUCAACUACUACUGAAACAUGGUCAACCGUGCCUUCAACCACCACUACACCACUGACAACCACUACCAAUGUCUCAACUACUGCUGAAACAUGGUCAACCGUGCCUUCAAACACCACUACACCACUGACAACCACUACCAAUGUCUCAACUACUGCUGAAACAUGGUCAACCAUGCCUUCAACCACUGCUACACCACUGACAACCACUACCAAUGUCUCAACUACUACUGGAACAUGGUCAACCCUGCCUUCAACCACUGCUACACCACUGACAACCACUACCAAUGUCUCAACUACUACUGAAACAUGGUCAACCGUGCCUUCAACCACUGCUACACCACUGACAACCACUACCAAUGUCUCAACUACUACUGAAACAUUGUCAACCGUGCCUUCAACUACUGCUACACCACUGACAACCACUACCAAUGUCUCAACUACUACUGAAACAUGGUCAACUGUGCCUUCAACCACUGCUACACAACUAACGACCAUUGCCAAUGGCACAACUACCCCUGAAACGUGGUCAACCAUGCCUUCAACCUCCCCUACACCGCUGACAACCACUACCAAUGUCUCACCUACCACUGUAACAUCAAAACCCUCCACCACCUCUUCACCAACAACUGACUUAACAGUUGAAGUAUCCUCACCAAUGCCAACCACCGUCUCACCACAAGUCCCAAAAACCAAUGCCUCAACUACUACAAAAAACUGGUCAACUGUCAUUUCCUCAAUUUCCACACAAAUGACUACAACUACCUCCACCACUGAUGUAGUCUCAGUAACCUCUACAGAAGUGUCAAAUACAACAGCAGUCACUACGAGCCCACCGUCCACAUCCUCUGCAGCUACAAUGACAUUAGGAACCUCACCUGCUACACCUGCUGGAACCACCACCACAUCUCAUGGAGUUACUUACAAAUCUACAACGCCACCAUCAACAUAUAUCACUGAGAUUCCCACCAGUAAAGGUUUUACCGAUGCAACAUCAACGACUCAACAAACAACACCUGAAGAGCGACCCACAACCACGAUUAAUACAGUGACAGAGAAAACCCAUCACACUUCAGGAGCCACAAAUACAGCACAAUCCACAUUUACUAUGGUCAGUCCAGAGGUUGUGACAGAAGGAACAUCAACCUUAACCCCUGUCACACAAUUUAAAGACAGUCCAUGUACCGAUCUUAAAAGGAAAAAAACCUGGGCUUAUAAUGAGACAUGGACAGAGGACUGUUUCAGCAAGAUCUGUAAAAAUGGGACGAUUGAGUUGACCCCAGUAGUGUGUCCCGAGCCAUCGGUUCCCAUCUGCCCCAGAGGCCAGGUCACAAAAGUCUCAGAUGGAUGCUGUGAAACCCUGAAAUGUGACUGUCGCUGUGAGCUGUAUGGGGACCCCCACUAUAUUUCUUUUGAAGGAGUAACAUUUGAUUUCCUGGAUGAAUGCACCUACAUCUUGGUGGAGGAGCAGUCACCUCAACAUAAUCUUUCCAUCGCUGUGGACAACUUUUUCUGCAUGCCCAGCCUCCACGGCUCCUGUGCUAAAGGCAUCAUCCUCCAAUAUCAGAGCAAUGUGGCUACACUUAGUAUCAUCCCAGAUUUGUUUGCAGUACAGGCCACUCUGAACAACAUGACCAUACAUCCACCAUAUGAGGAACACGGGAUGAAGUUUGAGACCACAGGUUACGUGGUGUCAGUCUACCUCCCAGAGGUCCGCUCUUAUGUCUCGCUUAGUCCUUCUUACACCCUGGUGGUCAAUCUGGCCAUGGAGCAUUUCCUCAACAACACACAGGGACAGUGUGGUGUGUGCGGCGGUGGAUCAUGUAUCCGUAGAGGAGGCCAGAUCGAGGACAACAGUUGCUGUGAUAAGACUGCGUAUGACUGGGUGUUGGCAGACACUCUGAAGCCGGCCUGUCUUUCUGCACCAAAGGACGUGCCCUGUCAUCCUGGGCCAAAUCCAGCACCCACUGACACACCCCUUCCCACCCCCACCAGCACCAGCUGCCCUGCAAGUUCACUCUGUGAGCUGCUGGACCAUCCAGUAUUUUCAACCUGCAGGCAGUAUGUGAAUCUGCCCCUUAAAAAGAAGAACUGUGAGUUCGACUCGUGUGGGAACAGAGGCGGUCCGUGCUCCGCUCUGGAGCAAGCGGCUGAAGAAUGCAAGAACUGCAUUGACUGGAGAAUACUCACGAAUGGAAUCUGUGAUGUGCCCUGUCCAAAAGGAUUGGUUUACAGAGAAUGCCGUAACAAGCUGGAUGACUUCUGCUAUGGAGGAAUUCAACAUCCAGGGGCCUCCCUUGCAAAAAACAGCGCAGGUUGUUUCUGUCCCAGUGGCCAGUUCAGGGCGGGAAACCACUCGAACACAUGUGUGUCUGAGUGUUCCUACUGUAAAGGACCACUUGGAGAGCCAAGAAUGCCUGGUGAGGUGUGGCAGUCCAGCUGUCUCCUGUGCACGUGUAACAACCAGACUCGGACAGAGGAGUGUUUUCCAAGACCCAGUGAACCUGCUCCUCUCUGUGGCCCCAACUAUGUUUUGAAAAACAACACUUGCUGUGGUGAUCAGAUUUGUGUUGAGAGGACCUGCAGUUACAAGGACAAGUUGUACAAGUUUGGAGACACAUGGAAAGAUUCCAGUCAUCCCUGCAUGUCAUUCAACUGCAGCAAUGAGGGAGUUCAUACUGCAACAGUCGCCUGUUCACAAGAAACCUGUCCUGAGGAGGACAAGGUUUGGGACAACCAGCAUUGCUGCUUCACAUGUAAACAGAGCUGUGCUCCUAAGGUGUCCAGCUUUAACAUCAGCAUAGACAACUGCACCACCACCAUAAAGAUGCCAGUGUGCCAGGGCCAGUGUGUGUCUCAGCCCAGGGUGGUGGUAAUGCACGGCGACCUGCAGGUGGAGCCGAGGAGUAGAUGCUGUAAGGAGCAGGGCUCGGAGAGGAGAACAGUGACCCUGCAGUGCUCGGACCUCACCACCAGGCACCUGGCCUACUGGCACAUCACCAGCUGUGAGUGUAGAAUCUGCAGUGCACUUCGCUGACCUGAACAGCACAAGGGCAAAUAGUUAUGUGACAUCACAAUUAAGAUUUCCAAAUCAACCUUAAGCUAUUGGAAUUCAGCUGAUAAUAAUGUGUUUUUUCAUCUUAAACAACUCAAUCUGUAGUAUGUCAAAUAAAAUGAUUUUGUUACCAAU